AUGAUUCCACAACAUACUGCCGACGAGGACGGUCGUGUUUUUCGUUUUUCCGAGCGCGAGUUAAAUAUGGACGCCACACAGUUUGCCGAAUUUUUACGUGUGCAGGCGGAGAAACAAACCGCCAUCCUAAAAAUUCUUGAAAAUUUCGCUACCGUGACGGUUGGUAGAGAAAACAUCUCUACAGAGGUAAAAAAACAAAACAUCCUAAAAAACUUUAAAUGUGAGAAAUAUGAUGGCGUUACAACGGCUAGUGUUUUCGUAGAUUAUUUUGAAGCCCAGUGCCACAUGUGGGGAAUCGCGGAUGAUAUAAGUUCGAAAAGAGAAUUAUUCGUAUCAUGUCUAAAGCCGGAAACCUAUCGCGAACUAAAAAUUGCAUUUGCGGACGCAAAGAAAAAAUUUGAAAACCUGACUUACACAGAAAUCGCGGAAAAAUUCGUGAAGCUUUUUGAACGAAAAACCACGCGCUUCAAAGCUGUAACGAACUUUUGGAAUUGUGUGAGGAAAAAAGAUGAGUCAUUCGAAUCUUACGCGAACAGGCUAAAAGACAUAAGUCGCGAUUGUGGCUACGACGGCGACAUGCUAGAACGUCAAUUACGUGAUCGGUUUGCAACGGGUCUCAACCAUCCCCGACUUGAAGUGGAAUUGAAACAAAGGUGGCCAGAGCUAAAAACAUUUGAUGAUAUUGAAGGCAUAGAAAAUGAAGUGUCAUUCGCGGAAGUUUUCAAAAUACCGCUAUCAAGAGAGUUGGCGGAAAAAGACAUUGUAGAAAGUGAAUGCGCGGAAGUGAAAAAGAUAGUAAAACGUCGUGCGAAAAUCGGUAAGCGGAUCCGAAUUUUGUCGGAAGAACAAUGUUUAAGAUGUGGUGCGCGUGAAAGACAUUCAAAAGACAACUGCAAGGCGGCGAAUCACAAUUGUGAAGCGUGUGGCAAACGUGGACAUUACGGGUCGUGCUGUAUAAGAAAAGGCAGAGCUAAAUUGAUCGCGAGAGACAAAAAGAAACAACAGCGUAUUUACAACGUAAAAAAUAGUGAUACAUCUAUUUCGAGUUGUGAGCAAGUUUUUAAAGUAAUGAGUGCCAUUGCUAAGAAAAGAAACAUUGACGUUAAGAUAAACGGUGUCACGUGUACGAUGGACUGGGAUCCGGGCGCGUCAGUUUCCAUUAUAAGUACAGAUUUUUGGAAACAGAUCGAAUCACCAACGCUUAAAGGGAAGCCAAAACUACGGGCUUAUGGCAAUUUCGAUUUACCUUGCCAAGGGGAAGCUACAGUGACAGUGACGCUGAACAAGCGAACGCGAUCUUUGAAAGUAGUCAUGGUGGACAACGCGAAUCCAAUGUUAUUUGGCUUGGAGUGGAAUGAAGCCUUCAAUUUGCCACUGCCCGAACCAGUGUACAACGUAGAUCGUGUCAACAACCACGUGCAGCCGACAACGAAACCACUGCAUCAGAAGUUAAAUGACAUAUUGGAAAAGAACAAGCAGCUAUUCGAAGAAGGACUGGGAAAAAUAAAUAACUACCAAGUUAAAAUUGACCAGCUUGGAAUUAUCUCACCUGUUGACCCCAACGAAACACCGAUCGAAUGGGCAACACCCACUGUCAACGUGGUUAAACGAAACGGAAAUAUACGUAUUUGUGGUGAUUUUCGUGUUACACUGAAUCCAGCACUAGUAACAAUACGACAUCCAGUACCAACAUUCGAAAACCUCCGUCAGCAGCUUGCCAAGGGUGAGAAGUACACGAAAUUAGAUCUACGCGAUGCCUAUCUACAAUUCGAGAUUAGUCCAGAGUCAAGAAAAUACCUAAUCAUAUUCACACACAAAGGGUAUUUUCAGUAUAACCGUAUGACUCCUGGUAUAUCGAGUGCACCCGGAACAUUUCAAAAUUAUAUGGAAAAUCUACUUGCUGGCAUACCAAACGUUGCAAUCUAUUUCGACGACAUAGGCAUUACAGGUCCAGAUGAAGAUAGCCAUCUAAGAUCAUUAAGAGAAGUUUUUAAACGUCUGCGUGAAGCUGGUUUUCGUAUCGAAAAGAACAAAUGUAGCUUUUUUCAAGACAGUAUCGACUAUUUGGGCCAUCAAUUCAACCGAAAAGGGAUCUAUCCAGUGGAAGACAAGCUGAUAGCAAUAAAAAAUGCUGCAAUACCCACUAACAAGAAGGAGUCACGAUCCUUUCUGGGAUUGGUCAAUUUUUACGAGAAAUUCAUACCCAACUUACAUGGAGCAUAUUCCGAACUACACGCAUUAACUGGUACAAAGUCGCAAUGGCGAUGGUCAAUAAAGGAACAGAAACAAUUUGAUAAUGUUAAACAUAUGAUAGCUAGCGCUCGUCAUCUAACUCCUUACGAUCACACAAAACCGCUUUAUUUGGCAACAGACGCAUCCGAUGUAGGCCUUGGUGCUGUUUUAUAUCAUCAGGACGAGGCUAACAACGAGUUACCUAUCGCCUACGCGUCACGAAAAUUGAACAAAGCAGAACAAAAAUACGCUACCGUUGACAAGGAGGCAUUAGCAAUAUUUUUCGCCGUGAAGAAAUUUGAUCCAUAUUUACGUGGGACAAAGUUUACAUUAAUUACGGAUCACAAGCCGCUUCAACACCUAUUGGGAGACAAACGAAAUUUGCAAAAAAUCGUAAACAACCGUCUGACGAGAUGGGCACUAAUGUUAGGUGCAUACAAUUAUGAUAUACAGUAUCGUCAAGGCAAAUACAAUAUUCUAGCUGAUUGCUUAUCACGCUUACCAAACGCACAUGAAGCAAUUUCGGAGGAAGCGCAGAAGAUUCAUAAAAUUUAUGCGGUAAUUCAAAUACGGAAGCUUGAUGAUAUUGUACUAACAGAACAGGAACUUAGGAAGCAGACGAAACAUAACCUAAUAUUACGACGAGUAAUUGAGUUAAUUGAGCGUCACUGGCCAGACACGAAGUGUAUCAACAACGAGCUGAAACCAUAUUACGACAAACGGGAGGAACUAUCAUACGAAAACGGUAUUUUGAUGUGGCAAGGACGAAUUAUCGUGCCCGAUAAUCUUCAAGAAGUAACAUUGAGGCAUCUUCAUAGAGGGCAUCCGGGCAUUGGCUCUAUGCGUGCGUCAGCGAGGUACUAUGUAUGGUGGCCGAACAUCGACAAGGACGUGAAACAUACAGUGAAAUCAUGCAUGGCAUGUCAACGGCAACGCCCAAAACAAUCUGAACUGCCAAUCUACUUUUGGUCCCUGCCAGAGCAUUGUUGGCAACGACUGCAUGUGGACUUUGCAGGUCCCUUCGAAGGAAAAAUGUGGAUUGUGCUUGUUGAUGCUUUAUCAAAGUGGGUAGAAGCAGAUGUACUUUAUGCUGCCACCACAAGAACUUUGUGCGAAUUCCUAGAGGAGAAGUUUAUAACAUUUGGUUAUCCGGAAAUUAUCGUGUCGGAUAAUGGUAGUCAAUUUACGUCAGAAGAGUUUCGAAAUUAUUGUCAAAGUCAUGGAAUAAAACAUGUAACGUCUUCACCGUACCAUCCGAAAACCAACGGACUAGCCGAACGAUUCGUACGAACAUUCAAGGAGCGCAUGAAAGCCAGUGAAUAUGAUGGUUUAUCACAACGUCAGCGCUUGCGCACAUUUCUAUUUACAUAUCGAAACACACCACACUCCUUUACAGGGAAGGCACCAUCUGAAUUUUUGCUAGGUCGACGCCUGCGAACUUUAUUUGACAAUCUGAAGCCUAAUGUACGGCGAGAGAUGCAUUUUAAACAUGUAAAACAAAAUCUUCAAGCAGAGCAGUCUAGCAGAGAGUUCCAACCAGCACAACCAGUAUUCGUAAAGACAGACAUCGAGAAAAUGUGGGCACCAGCCAACAUAGUCGAAAGAACAAAUCGAUAUUCCUACCGUGUUCGAACAGAGGACGGUGUAGAAAGAAGACGACAUGCAGAUCAUAUCCGAGAACGGAGGGUAAUACCACCAUCAAUCGACUUCCGGGAUGUCUCAAAUUUUAAGCGAAACAGUUUCCAUUACCAAUCUGCAAGCCCGACAGCAAAUGAUGAACAGGAACAUCAGCAGUCUAUGCAGCCCGCUAUACCGUCGCAUGAAAACGGAAACAUGAGUGAACAAGGACAACACACCGAAGCACAACAAAUGUGA